GCUGCAACUGUUAAAUGCGUCGUCGGGGGUCGAUAUAGAUUAAAGAGAUUACUACUAACUGUUGAGUUUUAGUUUGACGUCAAUGACAUACACACAUAUUUCAUUCAACAACUAAACAUAGAAGUUAUUUAUAAAUUGAAGAAAUUGCUGUGGUUCGGAAGGAAACCGUAAAUUCGUCUAGUGGAUUCGUCUGCAGCACUGUCAUAUUAAGUACUGCUGAAAUCUACAGCCCUUGUCCAAAAGGGGAGAUAUUAAGACGUGCAGGAAGAAAAUGUUCUGUAAUGUUUAUUGCUUCGUGAAAUAAAAGCAAAACAUGGAUAUUCAAACGCUGCUGGAUUUAGACAGACCCACUGGAUCAACAAACACACAAUCAAGAGCUAUGGGAAGAGGUCAUAUUUUUCUCAGUAUGCCGAGUCUCCUUCAUCGGGUAUAAUGGGCUUUCCAAAGCGUCGAGAGAAGGAUAUGUCCACAGAAAAAGAGACCACUGAUAAACUUCAGUUUGCUGACUUUGGAGUUUGACUGAUGCAAUGGAUGGGUCAAUGGAAAUAAGAACCGACGGCAAUUCACUGCUAAAAGCUGUAUGGUUAGGACGGCUUAGAUUAACCAGACUGCUGUUAGAAGGUGGUGCUUAUGUCAACGAAAGUAACGAGAAAGGUGAAACACCUCUUAUGCUAGCCUGUGUAACUAAGUAUGCCGACAACCAAAGUGUAAGCAAGGUAAAAAUGGUAAAAUACUUACUAGAAAACAAAGCCGACCCAAAUAUCCAGGACAAACGUGGAAGAACAGCUCUUAUGCAUGCAUGUAUUGAAAAGGCUGGUGGUGAGGUUGUGUCUUUGUUACUGAAAAACGGUGCUGAUCCGAGCAUACAGGAUCGCUCUGGUGCUUCAGCAUUAGUGUAUGCCAUAAAUGCAAAUGAUAAAGAAACUCUAACGCACCUCCUGGAUGCAUGUAAAGAAAAAGGGAAAGAUGUCAUUAUCAUAACUACUGAUAAAUCCCCGUUGGGAACUAAAACUACCAAACAGUACCUGAAUGUGCCGCCUUCUCCUGAAUUAGAAGAACCUGCACCUUGCACUUCGCCUUCAGAUGUUGAACUGAAGACCACCUGUUCACCGUCUCCGUCUGGUGCAAGAGAAGAAAAUCCGUUUUUUUUCCAGGCAGCACGGUCCAGUGGAACUUUUACAAACAAGCACCUCAGUGAUCCUCCAUCGCCCACUAAGAGGACAUCUAACCCAAAGAGGGCACGGCUCCCACAGCUGAAAAGACUGCAAUCAGAACCUUGGGGGUUGAUUGCACCAUCAGUUUUAGCAGCUUCUGGGCCAGUGGAAGAACCCAAACGAGGCAGCACUGAGGAGAUUAUUGCAGGCAUCAAUGGUCUUUCUUUUCCCAAACGUGGUACCUUAGCCAGACACAGUAGCUUUGAAAAUAAAGACAUUCCUCUCUUCCUGUCUCUAAGUGAACAAACUUUAAUUGCGACAUCAAGAAAAGGAUCAGAGAAAAACCAGGCCCAGCAUCAGGCAUUGACAAGAAGAAGAAGUACCGUGGCAACAGACCAAGACAAUGACAAUAUCCCACUUUAUGGGUCGGCCAAUUUGCGAGACAAUAUCUAUCCACGGAAAUCGGGCAGUGGUCUGUGCGACUCCGACUCUCAGCUCUACUGUGAUUCAACGUCUGCCUCGGUCGAAUCAAGGAGACUGUCUUUUGAAAAAAGAAAACAGAGCACAUCACCUUUGAAUUUACUAACAGGGUCUCGAGAUUCUUUGGACAGUGCUUCUAGUACCUCUCCUGGUUCUGUGCGUCGAAGACCACCUGGGCUUUUGGAAAGACGAGGUUCUGGCACACUCCUUCUUGACCACAUUUCUCACACAAGACCUGGUUGUUUCCCACCUUUAAAUGUUAACCCCAACCCCCCUAUUCCCGAUAUUGGAUGCAGCAACAAACCAACUUCUCCACUGGCUGCUGUUCUCAAAACCGUGACCCCUGCGGCACCCAGUUCUCCAAAGAAAACAGACUUGAAAGCCAAGAAGAAGCUGAUACGGAGACAUUCAAUGCAAGUUGAGCAAAUGAAGCAGCUCUCAGACUUUGAAUAAACUGCAAAUUAAUAACAAAGUCCUGGUACAAAAUAAAUACAUAAAUAAAACCAUAUCCUGCACCUAAAGGCUGGAAAAAUGAAAGCGACCUAAUUGCUUUUGAAAAGAUUCAACAGGUCUAUUUUUGUGUGAUGGUUAGACAUGCAAUGUCAGGCUGGUGUGUGAGAUGAAGCAUUGGUAAGUACUGAAAGCACACAUUGUCAAGUGAAGAGAAUGUGACUAGAAUGAGCUGCUGGAGAUUCUUUUGAACGCUAUUGCAUAUGCUCUUUAUUGCAGUUGUACUGGCUGAUAAUUUUAAUAAGUUUUGACUCACAGUACUGUACUUAACCAGUAUUAGAUUGCUGCUGAUUUCAGAACUGUGCUUCACAGAAUAUAACUCAAAGGAAAAAGAGAGACGGAGUUUGAUGAACUUUUUGCACUGAACAUCAUUGCCUGUUAUAUAGAGUACAGCAUUACACUUGAUUGAAUAAAAAUAUUCUAUGUACUUUGUCAAACAGAUAUUUUCUUGGUCCUCCACAACUGUACACCUGUUAGGAAGCCAAUCUCUUUUGUAGUAAGGUAUCACUGCCUGUCCUCUAGGGUAAAUGCCAGUCACUGACUUGGAACCCAUAGUGAAAUGCAUCCUGACUAGAAAUAGAAGUUAACAAAUCAUUAAACAAAAACAAAGUAAUGUGCCUGAGUUCUCAAAAGAAUUGUAAAACACAUUUGUCAUGAAUUAUACUUUACUAUAAGACAAAUCACUCUAUAUGAUUGCUGUCAUCUGUUGGGUUAUUGCAUAACUAAAUUUAAACUGCUUUUCUUAUUUUAUUCUCUACAGGAAUAUAAACUGAAUCUAAUCAUAAAUAACAUUACUUACAUUUCAGCUAUCUGUUAGUUCCUACUAAUGAAAUACAUUGUUCUCCAACAAUCACUUUUAACCACCUCCACUUAAAAUGCCUUAGUCCAGAAUUACCUGUGUACUAAUGAUCGUGUUAAGUUAUGUGCAUAAAGAAGAGUUUUCUUGGAUGUGUUUCAUCAUUUUAUACAGAAAUGUAGUUUUAUAUACAGUGUACUAGAAAUGCUAAUUAAAUAAAUUAACUUACUAAAUGAA